AAGCCUCGAAGCCUUUGAAAGAAGAGUUAGUAAAAUACCAGUAGUCAGCGUGAGGUCUGACUCUGACUAAGGAAGCUACAUGUAUUGAGACUGAGCAGUGGGCAGUUCGCCAAACAACAAGUCGGUUAGUGAGAAGACAACAUUAUUAUCAUGGUCGUCACUGUGCCAGUUUGAGCUUCCAACGCCGUUUCUUUGCUAGUAAUAAAAAUUAAUAGUAGCGGAGUUUGAAGGUUUGUCAGUCGUUUCAGCGAUGGCCUGAAAAACACGCGGGUCGAAAUUAUACACUUUGGCGUGACAGGAGGAUCGAAGUUGUCUUCGUGCUGUGGUAGCGCGCUAUUCGGUCACUUUGAAGUGCUUGUGAUACAGGUGCUGGCUCCUUGUUUGAGUUCGCCUGUCGCCGAGCUAGCAGAUAGCGAGCGGGAUAGUACGCUUGUAAACAAGAGAAAGGUCUUUGCCGAAGAAGAUGAGUGUGAUCUAUGGCAUUCACCCCGGUCGGCGUUCCGUUCGGGAUCGUGCCAGGUCGGGCAAGACCGAGUUGAAGGUUUUCUUGCCAUCCGGACUGAUCAUCCCACUCAAGGUCAAGUCUACGAGCACGCUAAGCGAAGUCAAGAAAGAGACUUGGAAGUUUGCAAAGAACUUUCCCUUGUCAGACACUCUGAUGGAACCAGCGGACUAUGUGCUGUGCACGAUAACGUCGACUAACGGAGUGGAGGAGGAGUUGCUCGAGGAGACCGUUCAGCUGUGUGAUGUAGACUAUUAUAUGCCAAUCUUCUCGGUGAGACUUCAGCAGGGCAACACCGAGGACAGGCUGAUGAUGAGACGUCUCAACAUAGCCGCCGGCAUGGGACUUAGCACUGGAACUCAGAAGGACUCUCGCCUGGGGACUGCCGUUGACCCGGCCACCGAGGAGAUCAUGGACUUCAAGCGUAGUGUCGUCUAUGAAGUGUGUGACCCAGCGGUGAAGAAAAGAUGUGAGUCGUGGGAGACACGUGCUAGCUACCAGUACGGCUGUGAGACUGAACCCAGCCCGGAGUUGCCCGACUCGAUUCUCAAGCUGAUCGCCUCCAACCAUUCCUUUGUCGUCAACGUCAUGCCUGACCCUAACAUAUCGUCCACUAAGUCUUUGAUGGUGGCACUCAAGUGUGACGUGAAUGAUCUGAUACGAGACGUGGUCAAGGUGAAACUGCGUCACACCAAGCAGCAGGACAUUGGCGACGGCGAGAUCAACGUUGAUGACUACGUCAUGAAGAUCACUGGCAGGGAAGAGCUGUUGCUAGGCAACUAUCCAUUAGUACAAUACACGUACAUUCGCCGCUGUCUUGCCAAGGCUGUGCGGCCAGACUUGGUGCUGCUGUUGAAGUCUGACAUUCAGUUCUAUGGGGAUCUUGAUCGCGUUGUCUAUCCAGCCACGACACCAGCACUGCCAGAUCGGUCUUACAUCAAUAACGAUGAGACUGAGACGUCGCUCUGGAGCAUCGGCAACCCGCUAGUCUUCAAGGUGGUGCGUGCCGAUAACUUAAACACUGACAACGAAAGUCUGGUCCGUGUUCAUGUUGGCAUAUACCAUGGUAACGAAGCACUGUGCUCCAUCGAACGAUCCAGACCAAUGAGUGUUAGCAAUCAGGGUGUGUCUUGGAAUGAGAAUAUUCAUUUCUCCGAGCUACUGGUGAAGGACAUCCCGCGCAGUGCACGCCUAUCCCUGGUCAUCUACACGAUCCGAAAAACCAAGCGAAACAAGGCCAAGGAGUCCAAAGUAGGUCUGCAGUGGGCCAACCUACCACUGUUUGACUAUCAGCGCCGCCUACGCACUGGCAUGGUCAUACUGCGAUGCUGGCCAUGGGAGGGGGCACUGUAUGAUGAGCUAAACCCCAUCGGCACCACCACACAGAAUCCCAUCGAGAACUGCACCACCGUUGAGCUCGAGUUUCCGAAAUUUGGCAAGCCAGUGGUCUUCCCCUCGCUGCCAAAGGUGUUGGAGAAGGCCUCGCAGUGUGCCAAGGCAGCUGGAGAGAAGCAAGAGAGUUUCAUGACCGCAGGCAGAACGCAGAGCAAGUCCAUUGCCAGUGAACUACUGAUCACUAUCAAACGAGAUCGUCUCUAUCAACUGGAGGAGCAAAACAAGGAGAUUCUAUGGAGGUUUCGUCUGAACUGCAUGGAUCACCCGCACUCGCUUCCAAAGCUACUGCAGGCGGUCAAGUGGUCGUCCUGUGAGGAUGUAGCAAUUAUCCUGGCCAUGCUGCAGGGCUGGCCGACCAUUGAACCGGAGGCAGCACUGGAACUUCUCGACUAUAGCUAUACUGAUGAGAAUGUCAGAGACUUUGCUAUCAAGUGUCUGGACACAUGCAGUGAUGAGCAGCUGUUGACAUAUCUACCACAGCUGGUGCAGGUGCUGAAGUAUGAGUCGUAUCUGGACUGUACACUGGGCCGGUUCCUGCUGAGGAGGGCCCUGGUCAGUCGACGGCUCGGGAACUUUCUCUUCUGGUUCAUGAGGGCGGAAAUGCACACACCGGAGGCAACACGCUAUGGGUUGCUGCUGGAGGCCUACUGUCGUAGCAGCGUGUCUCACAUGUGUGAGCUGAUAAGUCAGAUUAAUGCCAUGGAUCACUUCAACACUGUCUCCAUGACACUACAGGGUGAAAAGUAUGAGAAAAAGGCGGCUAAGUCGUUGAAAGAGCCUGCAUGUGAACUGCUACAGGCUGAUGGCAAAGAAGAGCUGUGUCGAAACUUCUUGUCACCGCUCAAUCCAUCAGUCAGACUUGGUCCUCUCUUGUGUGAGAAUGUGAAGGUGUUUGACAGCAAGAAGCGGCCAUUGCUGCUCAGGUUCCAGAACCUGCAGGAACACAAUAACUCCGGUUUGAAGGAGACCGGAAUCAUCUUCAAGAUCGGUGAUGAUCUGCGUCAGGACAUGCUCACCUUGCAGUUGCUGCGUGUCAUGGAGAGAUUGUGGCAGGCAGAGGGACAUGAGCUCAGAAUGAAUCCGUACGCCUGUCUCUCGAUGGGUCUGAACAUCGGCAUGAUUGAGCUUGUUCCCAACUCAGCGACCAUUUCCAACAUCCAGAAAACGUCAGGCAAGACUGCAGCUGCUUUCGACAAGACCAACAUUUGGAAAUGGUUGAAGGAAAACAACAAAUCUGAAAUGGAUCGCGUAGUGGAGAACUUCACACUCUCCUGCGCUGCGUACUGCGUAGCGACGCUUGUCCUGGGCGUGGGUGAUCGCCAUAACGACAACAUCAUGAUCACGGAAUCUGGAGAGCUGUUCCACAUUGAUUUCGGUCACUUCCUGGGCAACUUCAAGGAGAAGCUGAACAUCAAACGAGAGACCAGCCCGUUCAUUCUGGACACCAGCUUUGUGCACAUCAUCACCCACGGCGGUACACGGCCAGAUGAGAUGCAGAAUUUCCGCAAGCUGAUGGAGACGUUGUACUGCAUUCUUCAUCGCCACGGGAACCUGUUCAUCAAUCUGUUCGCCAUGAUGCUGUCAACGGGCAUACCAGAGUUGAAGCAGCUGGAUGAUAUCCGCUACUUCAGGGACAUGCUGGCCGUCGACAAGAACGAGGACGAGUGUCGCAAGUUCUUCCAGUCCCAAGUUGACGUCGUACUGGCAGGUAAACAGCAGCUGGUCUCUAAGGUCAACUGGAUGAUUCACAGCAUCGCCAAGGACGGUUAGCUUAACAUCCGUGGACGCGGUGACGUGCACAAACGUGUGUAUGUGUGCACGUGUACAAAUGUACGCGCACAAUUAGACUUGUGGAUUAUACCCAUCUAUCGUCUUGUUCACCCAAACGCACAAGCGCAUGUGCACACACACACACACACACACACACACGCACGCACGCACGCCCCCCCCCCCCCCCACACACACACAUACACACACACACACACACACACACACACACACACGCUCACGUGUGCAACUGUCCUACCUGCAUGGCGUGUACACACAGCAAAACGACAUAUUCGGUCUGUCAUAUUGUGCUUGUAGGAAUGCAGGUUUUGCAGAAUCUCAUGCUACCAUGAUCUGCAUUUCCACAUGUGCAUCUGCGACCAUCUGUACACACGGAUUCGAGCAGCACAGAUGUCUACACUUGCUUCUCAGACACACACAGACACACACACACACACACACACACACACACACACACACACACAUACACGCAAGUUAUGACACAUAACUCGUACGCACUGCAAACUAAAAAAUUCACUUGCUGUUUACUUCUGGGCGCUGUGUACAUUGCUGCUGAGUGGAGCAUGUACAAUGAUCUACAUUAGCAUUGCCGUUGUCUUGAGUGUGGCUUAGUACCUAGCUGCCCUGCCCUACCCCUGCUGUUAGUGCCGUGCACCCCCACAUACGUUGUCUUGAGUGUGGCUUAGUACCUAGCUGCCCUGCCCUACCCCUGCUGUUAGCGCCGUGCACCCCCACCGGCAUACUAUGGAUAAUGCAGGGCUGAGCUGGUUACAUUAAAAGGCUGUUCUGUGGAUAGUGCAGGGCUGAGCUGGUUACAUUAAAAGGCUGUUCUGUGGAUAGUGCAGCGCAAUGCUGCAUUCCUUCUGUUGCAUGUACAUUAGCUGUUGCAUCCUGUACAUCAUCACGCUGGCCAGUAUAUCCCGGGUAACCAUUUCCCCCUUGUCAGUUGUGAGCUUGACGGCAUACAGCUCCAGCUGCUCGCGUGUGCUGGUAUUUCAUGGGUCAUUUGCUUAGCCGCUUCCGUUUGCCAUCAUGUGUUGGCUGUUGAGUUCCGAACUCCAAUAUCAACAUCAUCAUGCUGUCAUCGACAUUGACAUUUUCCUGCAUGCUAGUUCACUGAUCAACUUAGCUUGGCACAAUGUCUCUCUCUCACCCCCUCCCGCCAACAAACACACCACGCACGCAAACACACACACACACACACACACACACACACACACACGGUACGUGCCCCAUGCUGAUAUUUAGGGGCGGUGCAUUCGCACCUGGAUGUUUUGAUUUGUUUCCAAUUUUUUUUAGCACUGCAAUGCGAACUUUUGAUUUCUAGGGCGCAUAUCCAAUCAACCCACAAUGGCUGUUGUACCGUCUGUUCUUAUCUGAUGUCAUCCAAGUAAUACAGAGGACAUGGUCGGCCACAUUGUUUUGCCGUUCUGUCUCAGUGUUGCUUGGAUUAUCUCUGUUUCUCCGAGGCUUGUUGCUGGUCGUUCUUUGUUCCGAAUGCCAUUCCCCUGGACCGGUUGUCAUUUAUCCAAAAACCUCGAUCCCAGUCCUCUUUUUUAAAUAAUUUUGUUGAGAAUGCUUUGUGAUGCUUUGUGUUGGUCUUGUCCAAGUUUCGAAUCAUGUUGUUCAGCUGAAUUUUCCUUUUUUCCCGUUUUAUUAAAUUGUAGUUUCUCAUUACUCUUGUCAGCCUAUGCCUGAUCAUCUUGUGCCGUUA